GGCUGCCAGAUCUCCAAAUGUAACUCAUGUGGUUGAUUUCGAACGACAGAUUUUAUUAUUUGCUAUGGCAAAAAUCCUACAGAAAUACAUAAAAUUCUCCGGCAAGGCGCUGGAGAGUUACGCUGCCAACCCGGAGUCCUGCGUGCGAUGCAUCAACUCAGACAUGCACUUGGCAAUGGGGCCAUACGGUAUGGCCAGGUUCAAGCACGCGCUCCACGAGCUCCUCAUCCGCACCAAGGUGGGCAUCUACGAUUCCGGUCUCGAUGGCAUAGUGCUUGGCAUCAAGAACAUAAAGGUUCAAGGCCACACGGCGGCAUUGCGAGCCGACGAUCCUACUAUGCACCUAGUAAUUAAUGCGGACUUCUACAUAUUCCGUCCGAUUACCGGGGUCAUUCUGGACGGAGUGGUGCGCCACAUAUCCAAGCACCAAGUCAGUGCCGUCAUCUAUCGUGUGUUUAAUACGACCAUCCGCUUCAGUAACAAGAUGCUCGGCCGCGAGAGUCUGGUCAUGGAUCAGGAGAUUAAGUUUCGGAUCAAGAACUUCGACAUUAGCAAUGCCAUGCCGUAUAUUGAAGGAGAACUGCUGUUGGAGGACGGCGAAGAGCCACAGAACAAAUCCAUAAAGUUUAGCAGCCCUGAACCCGAGAAAAAGGCAAACGACUUUGGGAAAGAGGAUCCCGACAUGUUGGAUGCUCUCUUAGAUUCUUUAAAUGAGUUACCUGAUCAGGUGGAAACGCCGAUUAAGAAAUCACCGCCAAAGCGUAAAAAGGCGACUGUAAACGGUGAGGCGACUACGAAAGCGAAACAAGUGAAAAAAGAAAUAAAAACUGAACCUAUAUAGCCAUAAAAUCCCACUUGUUUUAAAGACAAUAAGUAUAGUACAAAUUACCAAUUACUAUAUAAAAUGCCUACAGA